AUGUCUGACUUCGGCGAUGACGAUAUGGGCGGUGCUGGAGGCGACGAGCCCAUGUACGAGGACGAGGAGAUCAACGAGUACUAUGACCCCGAGGUUAUGGAGGAUGAGGAUGGCGAACAGCAACAAAACGGACAAGAGGAUAACGUUGUUGUCUCCGGAGACCCUUCUGCCGCCGCGAACGCGCUCAAGGGCGGCGACAAGCUACUCAAAGACAAGAAGAUCCCCGAAAGCGAGCGAACCACCACGCCUUACAUGACCAAGUACGAGAGGGCGCGUAUUCUCGGCACCCGCGCUCUGCAGAUCAGCAUGAAUGCGCCUGUACUUGUUGAUCUUGAGGGCGAGACCGACCCCCUUCAGAUUGCGAUUAAGGAGAUGCGGGAGAAGAAGAUCCCUUUGAUCGUGCGGCGAUACAUGCCCGAUGGCUACUAUGAGGACUGGACCUGCGAGGAACUGCUUCAGUAA